ACACAUUCCCAGUCGUAGUGGUACUUGCUUGCUCACACCCGCACAGAAACGCAGCAGCAGCAGCAGCAGCAGCAGCAGACAGAGUCUGCCGUCUCCCUCUCUCUUUCUCUUUUCGUAUGUGUGUACGGAUAUGUGUGUCUCUCUCUCCUCCCCCUCUCUGUUUCUAGCACCCACACCCCCCCUUGCUUAACAAUUUCGUACUCGACCCGGCCAUUGUACUCCUCCUAACCGCGGCCUCGUAGUACCCAAACUUCAAUCCUCCCCGUUCAAGUUAUGCCCAGUUGCCUUCUUUCCCUUCUUUCCACCUCACACCGGUUUGUCCCAGCCCUGUUCACCUGGCAUAGGUAGCGAAGCCUCCACCUUCGUCUCGAAUACGCAACGAACUUUCCGCGCGACGGUACCCGCAACUGCGAAACGACAAAUCAGCCCCCCUCCCGAUUGCUUCAACUCUCUGGGACAACGUUUGACUUGGUUCUCGAACAAUUCCGCCCGUUACCUCGGCCAAUCCAAUUUCGUGCGACCUCGAUCUAUGCCAAAUUUGAUGACCGACAGAACGACUGCGCCGCUGUCCCAUCGUCUUCGUUCGGGGGGACAACACCAUUGAUGCGAGUCCUGGUCGACAACUCAGCCACGCCUACGUUCCAAAUAUCUCGAUUCUUGCACCACAAAAACCUACGGCUCCGCAUUGUUCGUCGCACGCGGCGCACCCACUGCGAUACUACAAGCAUUGCGCCGCUGUGCUUGCGAUCUUCCAGAUAGGACCGGGUGGCCGUCCUCUACUUGUCCCGCUGCAAAAGCCCACCGAUCCCAGCGUGUUCAAUCGCAUCGUCACGCUCGUAAACCUUCUUCGCCCUAGUGGCCAGAGCGCUCCGGUCGCGAGACUGGUUGCUCCCCGAAGCCAUUAUGGACAAUGCUACGUGCCACGUCGUCUACGUGAACCGCCAGGUUCGCCAGGACAGGCUCAUCCUCCCUGAUGUGAAGGACGCCCAUUUGCCCAACGGAGGCGCAACCGACGUAGAGGAGAAUGACGAAAUUCAGAAAGACGCCACACUUCUGCUGGAAACCUUUGGAGAAGUCUACCUGUGUUCCACGGGCUCAGCAUGCAUCUCUACGCUUUUUCAGCUCUCGGACGAUGCCAUGAUGGACCUAACGCCGACCCUUGUCCUCAUUGAUGUACCCCACGAUGAACGGCUGCCCAAGAUUCGCUCAAAGACUAGAUCACCUUCGCCGCAUUCUCGCCCGGCCACUGCCGACAUCGACAUACAUACUCCUGAAGAGGAGGUAUACGGCCUCAAGCUGCUGCAAAGGAUCAUGACCGAGGCGCACCUUCGCAGUCUUUCGAAGCUGAUCGUCCCUAUCCCCAUUGUGAGCUUUUCCGAUUUGGAGGACGCUGUCCCGGUCGGCGACGAUGCGAAGCCCAAGUCUCAGUUGGUAGUCGACCGCCGCCUGAUCAUUCGCUGUCUCGACCUUGGCGCUGUCGAUGUCAUCAUCAGUCCUUUUCACUUGAAGUGCAUCACGAGUCUGGAGAUCCACGCUUAUAGGGCGCAUAAGGAAGCUGCCCGAGAACAGCAGGAGAUGCUCGAGGUACGCCGCGGACGAAAGCGAUCAUGGGUUGGGGUGAACGAGGAGAAGCCCUUUUCUUACCUUAGAGAAGCCAUGGUAUCCGGGCUCAUGAGGGGUAUUUGCCGGUCCGGCGCCGAUUCGGAUGAUGAUCGGAUCUCCAAUGUAAGCAUCGCCGUCUCCACCGAUCGUCAAGCCGCCGUCGCCGCCGCUGUUGGCAAAUGGCACUUUUGCGCCCACAGCUUCACGGACGACGAGCUCCUUGUGGCAGCCAUGGUCAUGUUCAAGCAUGCGUUGACCAUGCCGGAAUUGGACCGUUGGCGGAUACCAGCAGAUCAACUGAUUAGUUUUUUGGUUGCCUGCCGGGCUGCAUACAACAACUUUGUCCCUUAUCACAACUUUCGCCAUGUCGUCGAUGUCUUGCAGGCCACCUUUCACUUCUUGGUCCGCAUCGGUACCCUCGCCCCUUACCCUGUCGAUCCUUUGGCAGAAGCAGACACGAUCGAGAAGUCGCCAAUGGCAAACCUACUCCAUCCGUUUGAGGGCUUGACGCUCUUGAUCACGGCGAUAGGACAUGAUGUCGGCCAUCCCGGUGUCAACAACGGAUUUCUAGUCACCCUCAACGCCCCCCUGGCGCAGUUGUACAACGACCGUUCCGUGCUCGAGUCCUUCCACUGUGCUGCUUACUCACAGAUCCUUCGAAGGUAUUGGCCAAGCGCGUUUGAGGAUACCAAGAUGAGGCACCUGAUGAUCAGCUCCAUUCUUGCUACCGACAUGGGUCUGCAUUUCGACUACAUGAAGAGGCUCGGGGACACCCAGGAAAAGUUGGAUGUUAGCAACUCGACCGAUGGGUGGAACGGGCGUAUGCUUGAAGAACAAAAAGCAUUAGCAUGCUCAUUACUCAUCAAGUGUGCAGACAUCAGCAAUGUGGCAAGGAAACACGAAACUGCUCUGAAGUGGAUGCAUAUCCUCUCAGACGAGUUCUCUCGCCAAGCCUCUAUGGAGAGCGAGCUGGACAUCGCCUCAUCUCUACUAUCCGCUCCGAAAAAGGACACCAUGUCGCUGUCCAAGGCGCAACUGAGUUUCAUGAACAUGUUCGCCAUCCCUCUCUUCCAAGGCGUCGCGGAUAUCCUUCCGGCGAUGAAAUACACGGUGGACGAGCUCGAGAUCAAUAAGAGUCUCUUCGAGCAGCGCAUCCGAGACGAGCAGGCAAAGGAGGAUCCCACCCGCAAGAGGCUUCUUCGCGACGGAGCAUUUUCCCCGCGAACUAGGAGUUUUGCUACGGGGCCAGAGAACAACAGAGACUCCAUGACCCCGCGAGUGACGACACCCUUGGCGGAGCUCGUGACGCCGCCACCUUUGCCGGUGGACAAGUCACGCCACAGUGAUCAAGACAUGGAACAGGAACCUGCGGAUCUGACGGACCAGUCUCUGCACGCGCCGGAGUCUGGGGAGGACCUGAAGGGGGUCAAUGGCAUCGUGACGUCGUUCGAUUCGGUGGCAGAUUUUGCAGCAAGCGAUCCCUUCCGCUGUCGGGACAGAGAGAGUAGCUCCCCCGAUAAUCAUCACGGCCACAAUGGAAAGCAACGAUGCAGCGAGACGACGGACGGAAGCACGACAGGUCCGUACACCGGGGACUGGGCUUCCCAGGCAACAAGCGCGACGACCGGCAAAAUGCCUCUGUCACCAAGUACCCAAGGCACUAGCAUUGUCAGCAGAGAAUCUACGGAACAACUGCCGGGCGUACCCACAAUUUCAGAACCGAAGCCCUUCACAGAGUACAAGCCAGAACCCGCAUUCUUGGACCAUGAGGGCAAUGGCUCGCACAUGUCGCAAGGGCCCUUUGGCAAACCAGAGGGCGGCAAGGUGGUCAAGAAGAAGUCCAGCAGGUUCCGCAUGAACGCUUUCCAAUUCUUCCGGCGAAACAGAGCGUCAAGCCCGUCCAUGUCGGCCACCGAUACAGCUGGCUAAUGGUCCUGGAGGCUUUGGAGCGAGAGUUGGAUCGGACCUAGCAGCCACAUGCCGAUGGCUCCGCUCCAUGGGCAUAGGAGACCCAAACAACUGCGGUGGCUCACACAGAUGUCCCAGUGUUCGAUAUACCCGAGCCACCCUGUUGUUAAUCUAAUCGCAAUCCAACAUGACCGGGGAAGCGCCGCACACGAACGAAUCGACUUGAGAAGCACAGUAUACGGAUCUCGCUAUAUAUGUACAGUAUGGAGGACGGAGUUAAUGCGAGCUUGGGCACUUGAGUGCUAUGUCCGACAAUGGCGGCGGCGAUCACCAAGGGGGAGACACGACCGUAAAAGUCAUGGGACUAAAUGGCAGGGCCCACGACUUUGUUCUUAGGGUGCCUCGCUUGCCUGUUCAAUUUUUAGCAGGCUGAGUGGGAGGCGGCGUUCUGGGCGAGUUGGCAGGCUGUGAUGAUAUGGGGCAGGCAGGCAGGUAUUGGGACAGAUGGAGAAGACCUGGAAUUGGGAGGCGGCUGUGGCAUGGUCAUGAGGUGGCUGUUUUUUUCCCUCUCUGGGGGGGGGGGAAGGGCGCGACAAGCGGCUUGACCCGAGGGCAAGAGCAUGAAGGAGAUACGGCGGCGUACGGCUGGAACAGGCUGGCAGCUCACGGUAGAUGAAUACAUAGUCUGGCCAGUUCGCUAUGGCAUUUGGCACUUGCGCUCUUUUCUCUCUUUCUC